CAUAAAUCCACGUCCAUUCCCACCCCAUUUGACUUCUCUCUCUCUCUCUCUCUCUCUUCCUCUCCAAUACUGUUUGACCCAGAGUUGUGGUAGUUGAACGGGCAGACGGCAGACCCCAUUUGACCAGACCCCCCCGCCAAGUUCCUAACCCACCUAGUCCUAAAUCUAAGCUCUAGCUCUUUCUCUUCUAAAAUUUGGCUUAAUAUUCAGAGACUUAAUUUUGUCUUUUAACAUCUAAGAGGAAGAAGAAGAAGAUGAACGAUCUUUUUUCCGGCUCCUUCUCUCGCUUCCGAGGCGAGCAACCAUCCCCGGACCACCAUGUCAUCGAGAUGUCCUCCACCGCGCCCGGCUCCACCGGCGUCAAUCUCAACAAGUUCUUCGAGGACGUGGAGGCCGUCAAGGACGAGCUCAAGGAGCUGGAACGCCUCAACCAGGCCCUCCGGAGCGCCCACGAGCAGAGCCUCACCCUCCACAACGCCAAGGCCGUCAAGGACCACCGCUCCCGCAUGGAUGCCGACGUCUCCCUCGCCCUCAAGAAGGCCAAGCUCGUCAAGGUCAAGCUCGAGGCCCUCGACCGCUCCAACGCCGCCAACCGGAGCCUCCCCGGAUGCGGACCCGGUUCCUCGUCGGACCGGACCCGCACCUCCGUCGUGAACGGGCUCAGGAAGAAGCUCAAGGACUCCAUGGACAGCUUCAAUAGCCUGAGGCAGCAGAUCUCGUCCGAGUACCGGGAGACCGUACAGCGGAGGUACUUCACCGUCACCGGUGAAAAUCCCGAUGAAAAGACCGUUGACCUUCUCAUCUCUACAGGUGAGAGUGAGACAUUCUUGCAAAGAGCCAUUCAAGAGCAAGGCAGGGGUAGAGUUUUGGACACCAUACAAGAGAUUCAAGAGAGGCACGAUGCCGUGAAGGAGAUAGAGAAGAAUCUGAAAGAGCUACACCAGGUGUUCCUGGACAUGGCCGUCUUGGUCGAGGCCCAAGGCGAGCAAUUAGACGACAUCGAGAGCCAUGUGGGCAGAGCUAAUUCGUUCGUGAGGGGCGGAACCCAGCAGUUGCAGACUGCCAGGGUACACCAGAAGAACACCCGGAAAUGGACCUGUUAUGCUAUCAUACUUUUGCUGGUGAUCAUAUUGUUUGUGGUGCUUUUUACAGUCAAGCCGUGGCAGAACAACAGCAGCGGCGGUGGCGGUGGCGGUGGCAGCAACAAUACUACUCCUACUACUCCUCCCCCUCCUCCUGCUGGAGGAUAGCGCGCUGCGCUUCAACACAUUAUAGUUCAUGCUUUAUUGUAGUAUGAGACUUGACCUCCUCGUUUUUUUUUUUUUUUUUUUUAAAUUUAUUUAUAAGAUUUUGAAUUUGUUGGGGUUGAGGUUCGAUAGGCCUAGUUCAUUGUAUCAUUUAGAGCUAUUGAUAUGAAGCUACCUAGGAGAGCAUUGUACAUUGUCUAUUUGAUGGUAGGCAGGGCCAAUCUUGUUCGUGGCACAAAAGAAUGAAAUGUGGCUAGGUCUCAUUGAGGUUGUCUCACCCCUUUGAUGAUACAUUCAUUUUCCUGUAAUUAGGUUUUUUCGGUGGCUUAGUUGUAUCUUGUUGCUUGGUUGCCAUGUGUAUUCUUUAUGGGAUCCUCUCCCUUUCUAUAUGCAUCUAUUUUAUUUAUUUUUUGACAA